AUGGCCGCCACCCGAGCGUGCUUGGUUGUGCUAGUCGUGGCUCUCACGUUUCUCUGCUUGGACGGCCGGGCGGCGGCGGCGCCGGCGACUGCUGGGAGUUUGGCUCAGCGGCGGCAGGAGGUGCAAAGCCUCCUCAGGCGGCUCAAUAAGCCUGCUCUCGCAACCAUUCAGGGGUAUUACAAGAAUAUUCCCAAAGGAGAAGUGCACCGCAUGAAGAGCCCAGAUGGAGAUGUCAUCGACUGUGUGCAUAUCUCCAAACAGCCUGCAUUUGACCAUCCUCUCCUCAAGAACCAUACUAUCCAGAUGCGGCCUUCUUACCACCCAGGAGGCAUAUAUCAUAACUCCAACAUCGCCCCCCAUCCAAUCACCCAAACAUGGCAUCAAAAUGGCAAGUGCCCUAAGAACACCAUACCAAUCCGAAGGACCAAUGAGGACGACGUCUUAAGGGCCAUUUCCGUCGACAGGUAUGGCAAAAAGAGACCAGGGAGCAUCCCAAACACAAGUUCAAUCAAUGACCCUAACACAUCCAAUAUAAUGAGUGGGCACCAGUAUGCCAUAGCAUCUUCAAAUGUUGAUAAGUGCCAUGGAACGAAAGCCACCUUCAAUUUGUGGCAACCAACGAUUGGGAGGGACAAUGACUUCAGCUUGACCCAACUUUGGAUAGUUGGGGGUUCCUACGAAGGCAAUGAUCUCAAUACUAUUGAAGCAGGAUGGCAGGUUUACCCAAAUUUUUAUAAGGAUAACAAUCCUAGACUCUUCAUCUACUGGACUCGUGAUGCAUAUGAAAGCACAGGAUGUUACAACCUAAAGUGCUCAGGGUUCGUCCAGAUGAAUAAUCAGAUUGCAAUUGGUGGCACCUUAUCCCCAGUAUCCACCUAUGGUGGUGCACAAUAUGACUUUGAUAUUUUAGUUUGGAAGGACCCAAAGGAGGGCAACUGGUGGCUGCAAAUGGGGAGUGAUUAUGUAGGAUAUUGGCCAUCAUCCAUUUUCACGUACUUGGCAGAUAGUGCCUCUACUAUACAAUGGGGAGGUGAGAUAGCGUCAUCUGAUCUCGGCCAAACUUCCACAGAUAUGGGUAGUGGACACUUCCCAGAGGAAGGGUUCGGCAAGGCCAGUCAUGUCAAGAAUAUACAAGUGGUAGAUUCAUCCAACAUUCUCAAACCGCCAAGUGAUGUGACCACUAUAGCUGGGCAGCGCAGCUGCUAUAACGUGCACAAUGGUAUCUCUGACAACUUGGGCACUUACAUAUUCUAUGGGGGCCCUGGGAAGAACUCUAACUGCCCAUGA